AUGCAAAAAAAAGACCCGACGGGAAGAGAUAAAUAUUGUGUUAGAUUUCGUUACCAAGCUUCAUUUUUUAAAAAAAAAGGUAAUCACAAAUAUGAAGAACGUUUAAGAUGUGCAGCAUCAAAAAACGAUUGUAAUAAAUUAAAAUAUUUAUUAGAAUAUGGAGUUAAUCCAAACGCUUGUGAUAAAAAUGGGCGUACUGCUUUACAUUUAGCUUCUGCCAGUGGGUAUUCAGACAUAGUAAAAAUUCUUUUAUCGUAUAAAGCUGAUUGUAAUGUUGUUGACAAAUUGGGAAACACACCAUUACAUCUUGCCGUUUGUACAACUUCAACUGCCACAAUUAAUUUAUUAUUAAACGCUGGUUGUUCAGCUUUUCAAAAAGGUCGUAACGGUCACACACCAUUACAAUUAGCAGAAACAAAAUUAUGGCUUUUACAAAAAUAUUGUAAUCCGGAAUGCAACGAAAUUAAAAAUAAAAUAUCUGAAAUAAUCAAUACAAUGAAAACGCUUGUCAAAGAUGAAAAUCAAGAAAAAAAAUUAAUCGAAUUAUUCUCAUCUGGAUUAUUACUUAACGAAAAUUCUGAUUUGAAAACAGAUGUCGACAGAAUAUUAAAAACAAUUAACGAUUUAAAAUUGUGA